UUUAAAAUUUAUAAAUUUUUCUUGAUACUUAAUGUAUUUUUAUGAUUGUUAAUACUGAUAUUGAACAUACGUUUUUUUUUUUAUCAGGUAUUCAGAAAAAUUCGAAUAUACUUUAUUACUUUUCUGAGGCUUUUGUAAAUUUGAAAUCCACGCUACAACUAUGUAUCACAUAAAAUAAAUAAUGAUUUUUAUUGAACGUAGAGGUUCUAGUUAUGACGACUGAGGAUACUAUUAACACACAACUCUUGUCAAAGACCACAUGGGAAGAUAUCGAGAAUAGUUGCUAUGAUCAUUUAGUUGUUUCGUACAGAACAUGGAUAAUAAGUUCUAUGUCUCCAUUUUUGGUUUUACUUCUUUUAUUUUUAAAUUAUAUUACGACAGGCCUACUCGUCGCCUUCCUUUUAUUAGUAUGUUUGGUGAUACCGUUAUCUCCUAUAACGAGUUUACGUCGAUAUUUUCGCUAUUAUUUUAGUCGUUUCUUUUCUGAAGCGUCAAUUCGUUUUGAGCAUGUUCCACAAAUAGAAGAUCGACCGACAAUUCUUUGUGUAAACCCUCACGGAAUUUUUUCAUUAAUUUGGGCGUAUUGUUAUCUUGCGGAUGAGUUUGAGCAUUUUCAUUGGUGCUUUUCAUCCCUUUUACGUCUUUCACCAAUUUUUCGGAUUUUGACAGAUACAACAGGUCAUGCAAGCAAUAUUCGUAAAAAUACAGUUGUUGAUCACAUGAUUCAUAAACGGUCUAUUGCUAUUAUUCCGGGGGGUUGGCAUGAAGGAACAUUGCACACUCAAACAAAAGAUCGUCUUUAUAUACGUAAGCGUCAAGGUUUUAUAAAAUACGCUUUACAGUAUGGAUAUACUAUCACGCCUUCCUAUGGUUUUGGUGAGAGAGAAACAUACUGGAAUAUUUCAGGAGCUUAUAAUUUUCGGUUUCGAUUAAAUGAUUAUGGCAUUCUUACUGUUCUUCCUUUUGGUCAAUGGUGGUGUCCGAUUCUUCCAUAUUCUGAAAAACUUCACGUGGUUAUAGGGUCCCCUAUUCAGCUUCCUCAUAUUCAAAACCCGACUUCAGAAAAUGUUCACUAUUGGCAUUCUAUUUAUAUUAGUGAAAUGGUCAACUUAUACAAUCGUUAUAAAUAUAUUUUUUAUGGUCAAGAAGCUGAAAAUUUGCAAUUAGAAAUAUGGUGAUUUAUUACAAU